UCACUCCAGUCAAACAUCAGUUAGUGAUCUCCCCGUGAACUUGGAAGAUAAACAUGCUGGAGCUUGCUUCAAAGGGCACUACCAUUUCCAAAAAGGGCUUUAAGAAGGCAGUCGCUAAAACUCGAAGGAGGACAAAAAGCACAAGAGAUGCCGCAAAGAGAGCUAUUCUAUUUACAUCUAGAAGGUGCUGAAGCAGGUCCACGCGGACACUGGAAUCUCUUCCAAGGCCAUGAGUAUCAUGAAUUCUUUUGUUAGUGAUAUUUUUGAGCGCAUUGCCUGUGAGGCUUCCCGCCUGGCGCAUUAUGACAAGCGCUCGACCAUCAGCUGGGCUAGGCUAGGCUAGGCUAGGCUAGGCUGGGCUAGGCUAGGCUUCGCUAGGCUUCUUCUUGUUCCGACGGCGUUGCCCGCCAACUCCAGGAUGUCGGAGGCCAGGUACUCCAGAACCGCCGGCAGGUACGCUAGGGUGCAGCCGCCGACCCUCUCGGCAUCGUUGCCCUUGCUGAGCAGCCGGUUGACACCGCCCACGGGGAACUGCAGAACCUCUCUGAAUGAAUAGCGCGUACCCUUCCCCCGAGCUUCCCUAGUCUAAGCCAUAGCCCAAAACUAAAAGUUAUAACGGAAAAAGACACCCGUUAAAACGGGUACUCAGCGUAUUUCUAGUCUGAGAGCAGAUUGUGGAUUAUCUGAUUGAUUGGCUGAUAGCCAUCUAUCCAAUCACAGAACCAUACUGCUAUUGCCUUAUUUACAUACUGUGCCUAUUAUCCAAACAGAUGUUGGAUGCAAAUGAUGUAGGUUGAGGGCCAUGCCUGUAAAUAUCACCCUUCACUCCAGUCAAACAUCAGUUAGUGAUCUCCCCGUGAACUUGGAAGAUAAACAUGCUGGAGCUUGCUUCAAAGGGCACUACCAUUUCCUAAAAGGGCUUUAAGAAGGCAGUCGCUAAAACUCGAAGGAGGACAAAACGCACAAGAGAUGCCGCAAAGAGAGCUAUUCUAAUUACAUCUACAAGCUUUGUGCCUCACUCUUCUCUUACACCUGGGGAGUCAAGUCUGGAUCCUCUGCUCCAUAUUUAUUUAGCAAAUAAAACACUGAUCUCAAACAGCAACGGAACCUGUGUACUUGAGAGUCUCGCACUGUUGCCUAGGUUGGAGUGUGCAAUGGCGUGAUCUCGGCUCACUGCUACCUCUGCUUCCCGGAUUCAAGCGAUUCUCCUGCCUCAGCCUCCCUGGUAGCUGAGAUCACAGGUGUUUUUUGAAAACUAAUCAGAAGAGGAAUGCUUAUCUCCCAAGAAAAUUGAAACCAUCUGUAAAAGAAUCUUGGCUGUGCUGUGUUUUGAUUAGAUUGAAGUUUGGUGUAAAGAGAAAACACAAAAGACCGCAGAAUAUUUACAACAUUUGAAUUCCUGUUUCUCCAUCAAAGCACAUUGUCAUCAAAGCUACUUUGGGGAUAGAAAAAAGGUCAAUUCCAAUUCCCAGGAAUCCCUAACCACAACUUUACUUGGAAAUUUCCGGUAAUACUUAAAACACCAUUUUGCAGCAAUUCUUUAUGAUAAACUGUAAAAUACAGUUACCCGAAAAUGACUGACAAAUCAAUCAUCAUUCUGAGCCUGAUGGUUUUUCACAGCUCUUUCAUAAAUGGAAAAACAUGUAGACGGCAAUUGGUGGAAGAAUGGCAUCCACAACCCUCAUCAUAUGUGGUAAAUUGGACACUAACAGAAAACAUCUGCUUGGACUUCUACAGAGAUUGCUGGUUUUUGGGUGUAAACACUAAAAUAGAUACUUCAGGCAAUCAAGCUGUUCCCCAGAUUUGCCCUUUGCAAAUUCAAUUAGGAGAUAUCCUUGUAAUUUCUUCUGAACCAUCUCUUCAAUUUCCAGAAAUAAAUUUGAUGAAUGUUUCUGAAACAUCUUUCGUUGGCUGUGUGCAAAAUACCACAACGGAAGAUCAGUUACUUUUUGGCUGCAGACUAAAAGGAAUGCACACUGUUAAUUCUAAGUGGCUGAGUGUUGGGACACAUUAUUUUAUCACAGUUAUGGCAAGUGGUCCAUCACCUUGUCCACUGGGACUUCGACUAAAUGUGACAGUGAAACAGCAGUUCUGCCAGGAAUCUCUGAGUUCAGAAUUUUGCUCUGGUCAUGGUAAAUGUCUUAGUGAAGUUUGGAGCAAGACAUAUAGCUGCCAUUGCCAGCCUCCAUUUUCUGGAAAAUACUGCCAGGAACUUGAUGCAUGUUCUUUUAAACCAUGUAAAAAUAAUGGCAGUUGCAUUAAUAAAAGAGAAAAUUGGGAUGAGCAAGCAUAUGAAUGUGUCUGUCACCCACCAUUUACAGGAAAGAAUUGCUCAGAAAUAAUUGGCCAAUGUCAACCACAUGUCUGUUUCCAUGGAAACUGCAGCAAUAUUACUUCAAAUAGUUUCAUUUGUGAAUGUGAUGAGCAAUUUUCAGGUCCAUUCUGUGAGGUGUCAGCAAAACCUUGUGUUUCUCUGCUUUUUUGGAAAAGAGGAAUUUGCCCAAAUAGCAGUUCUGCUUAUACUUAUGAAUGCCCAAAAGGAUCUUCCAGCCAAAAUGGUGAAACUGAUGUCAGUGAGUUUUCAUUAGUACCAUGUCAGAAUGGUACUGACUGCAUCAAAAUAUCAAAUGAUGUUAUGUGCAUCUGUUCACCAAUAUUUACAGAUUUGCUUUGUAAGAGCAUUCAAACAUCAUGUGAGUCAUUUCCUUUGAGGAAUAACGCUACGUGUAAGAAAUGUGAGAAAGAUUAUCCUUGCAGCUGUAUAUCAGGAUUUACUGAAAAAAACUGUGAGAAAGCAAUUGACCACUGUAGACUGCUGAGCAUCAACUGUCUGAAUGAAGAAUGGUGUUUCAAUAUAAUUGGAAGAUUCAAAUAUGUAUGCAUUCCAGGGUGCACAAAAAAUCCAUGUUGGUUUUUGAAGAAUGUUUACCUAAUUCAUCAACACCUCUGCUACUGUGGAGUCACCUUCCAUGGUAUUUGCCAAGAUAAAGGUCCUGCUCAAUUUGAAUACAUGUGGCAAUUGGGAUUUGCAGGAUCUGAAGGUGAAAAGUGCCAAGGGGUUAUUGAUGCCUAUUUCUUUCUGGCUGCAGACUGCACUGAAGAUGCAACCUAUGUGAACGAUCCUGAAGAUAAUAAUUCUUCAUGUUGGUUCCCACAUGAAGGCACAAAAGAGAUUUGUGCAAAUGGAUGCAGUUGUUUGAGUGAAGAAGACAGUCAGGAAUAUCGGUAUCUAUGUUUUCUCAGAUGGGCUGGCAACAUGUAUCUGGAAAAUACAACUGAUGAUCAAGAAAAUGAGUGUCAACAUGAAGCUAUUUGUAAAGAUGAAAUUAAAAGACCCAGGUAUUUAUGUAUCAUUUGCGCAGAUAAUAUCACAUAUCAAAAAGUUAUAAUUAAAUUGAUAGUCAUCGAACUGUUUCAUGGUAACAAUGUUUUUGUUGAUUAAAAUGAUUGGAAUUUCCAUAACAAACACUUACAUAUACAUAUAUAGUUAUUAUAUAUUAUGUUACAUAAUACAUGUUAUGUAUAACAAUUCUAGCACAAUAAAAGGAGGGAAGAAGGAAUAUAUCUGUAUAGAAAUAACUUUUCUAUGUCAUUGUAGAAUUAAGUUAGCAUAAAUCUGUGGUAAAUUCUGCUAAGUUAAGAUGUGUACGAUUAGCUCCAAAGCAACUACAAAAAACAACAACAAAACAAACAAAAACUCAUAUGCUUUAGUAAAAUUAGCAUUAACAAAAGUAAAAUGUUGCCCUCAGGGUCUGGCACAGUGACUUAAGCCUGUAAUCUCAGUGUUUUGGGAGGCCAGGGCAAGAGAAUAGCUUGAGGCCAGGAGUUUGAGACCCGCCUGGGCAACAUAGUGAUAAUUUGUCUCUACAAAAAAUUUAAAAAAUCAGCCAGGUGUGGUUGUGCACACCUGUACUCCUAGCCCUAGCUACUUGGGAGGCUGAGGAAGAAGUAUCACUUGAGCCCAGGAGUUAGAAGUUUCAAUGAGCUAUGAUUGUGCCACUGCACUCCAGCCUGGGCAACAGAGUGAGACCCUAUCACGAGAGAAUAAAUACAAUAAAAUAAAAUAUUGCCCUAGAGAUUUACUUAGUAUAAAAGAAACUAGUAUUAGAAUAAUUACAAUGAAAAAAAAUACAGGUACAAAAGAGAUAUAAGACAUGUGGAAAACAAAAAGUAAAAUGGCAGGCAUA